CGUGGCAGAUCUCUCGAUGCCCGCCCGGCGGACGACGACGAUGAGUCGACGACCCCACGCGCACCCCUCAAUCGCGGCACCCGGGCCCUCCGCUCCACGCUCCUGCUGCGCUCGCUGCGCCAAUUAAUCCAUCCGCUCGUAUCCCGCAGCCUUCCCUUCUCCACUCGCUGCUGCUGCCACGCGCACCAUGAUGACCGUGCCGACGCGCCUCCUAUCCCCUCUCCUCCUCCUACUCCUCCUCGCGGUCGCCGGCGCCGCCGUGCUCGCCGAUGGGCGCCCCGUCUCCGGCGGCUGGAGCCUCCUCCCGGGGGACGCCGGCGCGACGGUCCUCCGGCUCCCGUCGGAGGCGGCGGCGGAGGGGUGCGAGAUGACGUACGGGUUCCUGCCGUGCACCGACACGGCGCUCGGGAACCUCUUCCUCGUCCUGGCGUACGGCUUCCUCAUGUUCAAGGCCGCCACCUACCUCUCCGCCGGCAGCGAGCUGCUGCUCGAGAUCCUCGGCCCCGGCAUCGUCGGGGGCCUCUUCCUCCCCAUCCUCGGCGCGCUGCCCGACGCCAUGCUCAUCCUCGUUUCCGGGCUCUCUGGCUCUAAAGAGGUUGCGCAAAGCCAGGUUUUGAUUGGAAUGGGCCUGCUCGCGGGGUCAACAGUUAUGCUUUUGACCCUACUCUGGGGAUCUUGUGUUGUUGUUGGCAAAUGUGAUUUGUGGGAGAAUUCAACUGCAACUGAUUCUCAGGAUACAAAACGCUUCAGUCUUUUUGGCUCUGGUGUUUCUACUGAUGUGCAGACCAGCUAUGCAGCAAGAAUCAUGGCGAUGUCUGUUCUCCCCUUUAUCAUUGUUCAGAUCCCCAAAAUUUUUAAGCUCCAUUCCGGUCAUCGUUUAACAGUCCUGCUUGGACUUAUUGUUGCAGUUCUACUUGUGCUUGCUUAUUGCCUAUAUCAGAUCUUUCAGCCAUGGAUCCAGAGGAGAAGAUUAGAGUAUGCAAGACUAAAACACGUAAUGUCUGGACUUCUAAGACAUGCUCAGAUGCAUGUGUUUGGCCGCCUUCUUGAUGAAGAUGGAAGACCGAAUGUUCCUGUAAUCGAGAAGUUGUUCCAUAAGAUUGAUCAGGACAAUGAUGGUAAACUAGAACGUGGCGAACUACAAGCUUUCAUUAUUGGUGUUAAGUUUGAAGAUAUUGACUUGGAUAGUAGCCUAGCUGCAGAGCAAGUCAUGGCAGACUUUGAUACAUCACAGAAUUAUGCCAUUGAAAAGGCCGAGUUUGUUGACGGGAUCUUGAGAUGGCUCAAAGAAGCUAAACGUUCUGUUGCUUCCUCUGGUGCCUACUCAAAAAAGUUUUUGCAAGAUUUUCAUACGAGAACUAGGGAUGAACACAAUCUGCUGCUUGGCAAGGAUGAUGAAGAUGGUGAGGCCAUUGAAUAUCCAACCUGGACAUGCUUCAAGGCCAUUUCACUGCUGCUGCUGGGAACUGCAAUGGCAGCAGCAUUUGCAGAUCCACUUGUGGACGCUGUGCACAAUUUUUCAAAUGCGACUAGUAUUCCUUCGUUCUUCGUUUCCUUCAUUGCAAUGCCCUUCGCAACUAACUCCAGCGAAGCUGUCUCUGCAAUUAUAUUUGCUAGCCGAAAGAAGCAGAGGACUCUGUCACUUACAUUCUCUGAGGUCUACGGUGGGGUGACCAUGAACAACACGCUCUGCUUGGCCGUGUUCCUGGCCCUCGUUUACGUUCGGGGUUUGACCUGGGAUUUCUCCGCGGAGGUCCUCGUCAUCUUCCUUGUCUGCACCAUAAUGGGCCUCUUCACCAGCUUCCGGACCAAUUUCCCGCUCUGGACGUGUUUCGUGGCUUAUCUGCUGUAUCCGUUGUCGCUCAUCAUCGUCUACGUCCUCGACUUCAAGUUUGGCUGGUCCUAGGCCUGGGGUCUGUCAGGUGUCAAGUAACCAACACGUAUAGGUAUAACGUACAAUGUACAACGUAGACGAUGGGAAACUCGUACUGAUCUGGUUCUCCUUGCGUAUUAUGGCUUUACUACGUGUAGAACCGUUGCAAAUUUGUAGGACGGCAUGGUCUGAACAAAAUUAUGGACGGGCACUAAUUAGACUUGUGAGGAGUUCCAUGUUAUUGCUGAAAGCAUCGAAUAAUUUUGAGAGAAAAAAGGUGAUGCGGCUUCUGUGAUU